GAGCACACAGGGGCGUCAGGGCCGGCCUUUAAAACCGACCGGUCUCAGCUGCGCCUACAGAAAGGCGUCGACGACGAGGCGAAGAAGGAUGGCCUCCUGGAUCGUGCUGCUUCUGCUGGCGCCCGCCAUCAGCGCAUACAGCCCGAGAGAAAAGCCCGGAACUUGCAUCAGCCGCGUGUUCCCAGCGCAGGUCUGUCAGCCUUGUGAGAUCGUCAGACUGUGCAGCCACGACGGCAACUGCCCUGGAACUCAGAAAUGCUGCCGGACUGACCGCUGCGUGACACAGUGCGAGGAGCCCGCAGCUCCUAAGCCUGGGGAGUGUCCCAAUCCAUCGCUUGUGGAGCCAGGUAGCAGCAACUGUGAUGUCGACACAGACUGUGGCACAUUCGACAACAGGAAGUGCUGCAAAAACACUUCCGGCUUCACACGCUGCGCGGAACCGCGGCAGGAGAAGCCGGGAAAGUGCAUCAACCGCGUGUUCAUAGCGCUGGCCUGCGAACCUCACGAGAUCGUCAGACUGUGCAGCAGUGACGGGGACUGUCCGGGGACCAAAAAAUGCUGCCAGACAGAGAGAUGUGUGACCUCGUGCGAGGAGCCCGCAGCUCCUAAGCCUGGGGAAUGUCCCGAUCCAUCGGUUGUGGAGCCAGGUAGCAGCAACUGCGAUGUCGACACAGACUGUGGCACGUCCGACAACAGGAAGUGCUGCAAAAACACUUCCGGCUUCACACGCUGCGCCGAACCGCGGCGAGAGAAGCCGGGAAAGUGUAUCGGACGGGUGUUCAUCGCCAUUCCAUGUUUCCCGAAUCAGCACGUCAGGCUAUGUCGUACCGACCGAGACUGUCCGGGAACGAAAAAGUGCUGUCGGACAGAGCGGUGUUUGACGCAGUGCGAGGAGCCUGCAGCUCCGAAGCCCGGAGUAUGCCCGGACCCCUCUCAGGUCACGUCUGGAGCCUUAGACCGCUGUGACGUGGACACAGAUUGUGGAGAGAACAGCGACAAAAAGUGCUGCAAAAAUGCCAACGGGUUCAAACGCUGCGUCAAACCCGAGUCGAAAGAGAAGCCAGGCCAAUGUAUCAGACGGGUGUUCAUAGCCCUGGCCUGCCGGCCCAACGAGAUUGUGCAGCAGUGCAGCAGUGACGGCGACUGCCCUGGGACCAAAAAAUGCUGCCUGACUGGCAGAUGUGUGACCUCGUGCGAAGAGCCCGCAGCUCCGAAGCCCGGCGAGUGUCCGGCCCCGUCCCAGGUCGAGUCCGGAACAUCGAGCCGCUGUGAUGUGGAUACAGACUGUGGGGAGAACAACGACAAAAAGUGCUGCAAAAAUGCCAGCGGAUUCAAACGCUGCGCCAGUCCGUCAUCCAAAGAAAAACCAGGAAAGUGCAUCAACCGCGUGUUCAUAGCUCUAGCCUGCCGGCCCCAGGAGAUCGUCAAGCUGUGCAGCAGUGACGGCGACUGUCCGGGCACCAAGAAGUGCUGCCAGACUGACAGAUGUGUGACCUCGUGCGAAGAACCCGCAGCUCCGAAGCCCGGACAGUGUCCGGCCCCGUCCCAGGUCGAGUCUGGAACCUCGAGCCGCUGUGAUGUGGAUACAGACUGUGGGGAGAACAACGACAAAAAGUGCUGCAAAAAUGCCAGCGGAUUCAAACGCUGCGCCAGCCCGGCGUCCAAAGAAAAGCCGGGAAAGUGCAUCAGACGGGUGUUCAUAGCUCUGGCCUGUGAGCCUCACGAGAUCGUCAAGCUGUGCAGCAGUGACGGCGACUGUCCGGGCACCAAGAAGUGCUGCCAGACAGAGAGAUGUGUGACCUCGUGCGAAGAACCCGCAGCUCCGAAGUCCGGACAGUGUCCGGCCCCGUCCCAGGUCGAGUCCGGAACCUCGAGCCGCUGUGAUGCGGAUACAGACUGUGGGGAGAACAACGACAAAAAGUGCUGCAAAAAUGCCAGCGGAUUCAAACGCUGCGCCAGUCCACCAUCCACAGAAAAACCAGGAAAGUGCAUCAACCGCGUGUUCAUAGCUCUAGCCUGCCGGCCCCAGGAGAUUGUCAAGCUGUGCAGCAGUGACGGUGACUGUCCGGGGACCAAGAAGUGCUGCCAGACAGAGAGAUGUGUGACCUCGUGCGAAGAACCCGCAGCUCCGAAGCCCGGACAGUGUCCGGCCCCGUCCCAGGUCGAGUCUGGAACCUCGAGCCGCUGUGAUGUGGAUACAGACUGUGGGGAGAACAACGACAAAAAGUGCUGCAAAAAUGCCAACGGAUUCAAACGCUGCGCCAGUCCGUCAUCUAACGUAAAACCGGGAAAGUGCAUCGCCCGGGCGUUCAUACUUCGCCGCUGCCGGCCCCACGAGAUCGUCAAGCUGUGCAGCAGUGACGGCGACUGCCCUGGGACCAAAAAAUGCUGCCGGACGGACAGAUGUGUGACCUCGUGCGAAGAGCCCGCAGGUCCAAAGCCGGGAGAGUGUCCCCAUCCCACUCGUGUUGGGACGGGCAGCAGCAACUGCGACCAAGAUACCGACUGUGGCACACUGAAUGACAAAAAGUGCUGCAAAAAUGCCGCAGGCUCCAAACGCUGCGCUAAGCCACGCGGCCAAUGUCCGGACACCAGCGGAAUCAUAACGACGUGCGAGUUCGAUCCCGAGCGCAACUGCCUCAGUGAUUCCCAGUGUCCAUCCGACAAGCUGUGCUGCUCGUUUGGGUGCGGCAAAGAGUGCCUCAAACCGGUCAGCUAAGCACGUCGGUCAAGUCAAUACAGUUUACUUGUCUUUGGGAUACAAAGUGCGAUGCGCUCCUUUCGAAACACAUUGAAUUUUGUAAGCUUUAUUUUAAAAUGCAUCAUUGAAACUUUCUGCUUAUAAACGCUUGCUCGCUCGUACUACUUGCACUUUCGAAUGAUUUAUGAUUUUGUGCUUCGUGAUUCGUCUUGAUUCGUUGAAGUUGGGGUAUCAACCUUUGCUAAAACAACUUACAUGAUUCGAUAAUAAAGGAAAAUCAUGGA